UUUUCUCAAUUUAAUUUCUCAUUUUUUCUCUUCUCAUAACAGUAUAAUUUUCUAUUUUCAAUUAGAUACUUAAGAUCUAGCUAUAUUCGUAAAGAAAUUAAAAUUAAAAUCGAGUACACUCAAUUUAUAUGAAGAGUAAAUUUAGUAAUGAAUACAUUGUCCUUUUUUUCUUGAAUGUCGCCAAUUAACUUUCAUGACAAUGAGAAAAUUUAAAAUUUGCAGUUUUGUGUAGAGAGAAUCAGGAGUACUUAUUCACUUACAAUAAUUUAGUAACGAUUCAGUAUUAAAUAUGACAGGAUUCAGAGUUUAUCUCUUCUUAACAGGCAUUUUACUUUCAACGAUCGGAUUUUCGAUUGGGAAUAUUUUAUCCGAAUUUCAUGAAACUGGUGUCGUACCUGAUGUUUUAGAUAAAGCGCCAAACGAGAAGCUUGAGGUUCUUUAUGGAGACAAAAAUCUCACUUUCGGAGAAGAAUUGACUCCUACUUUAGUGAAAGAUGUACCAACUGUAAAGUACAAUCAUGAGGGCAGUGAAUUUUAUACUUUAAUUAUGACAGAUCCUGACGUACCAACCAGAAAAACUCCAAUUAUGGCUGAAUGGAUUCAUUGGCUGGUGGUCAAUAUUCCAGGCGAUGAUGUCUCUAGAGGGGAGAAUUUAGUGGAUUAUACUGGUGCACGUCCCCUUCAAGGAGCUGGUUUUCAUAGAUAUGUUUUCCUAAUUUAUAAACAACCUGGAAAACUGCACUUUCACGAAAAGCAUUUGAAAAAUCACGAGGAAGCGACACACGAAAAAUUUUCAACUAGAAAAUUUUCUGAAAAAUAUAAUCUUGGCAAUCCACAGGCUGGAAAUAUGUUUCAAGCAAAAUGGGACAAUUUUGUUCCAAUUUCAUAUCAUCAGCACAGAGCAUAAGUUUUUUCAUCAAAAUACAUUUUUUAUGGGUAAUAUCAGUAAAUAAUUUUUAUUGUUCGGGGAAAUCUUAAUAAUAUUACUUAUAAUUAAUUAUUAAUACAAUUGAAUUUUUUAUUCAAUAAAUAAAAAUAAUUUUUAAAAGUGAAGAUUAAAGUAAAUAUUUUCAGACAUAAACUUAAUUAAGAUGUAAUUUUUUUCGGAAAGUGUUUAUUUCGAUCCAGUCGAUUAAAAUGGAUUUUAGAGGUGAUUUGAUAAUGAUAAUUAUUUGAUGAAUUUUAAUUAUAAACAUAAUUUUUAAUAAAGUAAAUAAUAAUUAAAGAAAAAUAGAUUUCAAUCUCACUAAAUUUUACUGUAUUAAAUUAAAUAGGCUGAAUAAUCUUAUUUUCCGGGCUUAGGUUACUUGUGAUUACAUGAUUGUCUGUGAUUAUCUUGAAAUUGUAACUAAUGCCAGUUUCCGUUUUUGUAUUUCCAAGGAAUUGACCUCGUUUAAUUAUUUCAUUUAACUUUUGCUAGAAAGAUUUUUCUU